AUGGGGGAGCGGGCGCCGGACCGGAGGAGGCUGUACCAGGUUUGGAAAGGAAGCAAUAAAUUCCUCUUUGGCGGGCGGCUGAUUUUCGGCCCGGACGCGGGCUCCCUCUUCCUAUCUACAGUCCUGAUAGCAUGCCCGUUGGCCGGCCUGUGCUUCCAGUGCGUCACCAAGCUCAGCUCCGGCAGCUCGGAGAGGCAACCGCUCGGCCUGCCGGUCCUCCUCUCCACCAUCCUUCUUGGGCUAUCGGAUCUGGCGUUCCUGUUCCUGACAUCGAGCAGGGACCCGGGGAUCGUGCCGAGGAACGCGCGCCCGCCGGAGCAGGCGGAGGGCGGCGGGGACGGGGACGGGGACGGCGACCCCGUCGCCGCCGCUGAUGACGACGUCGUCACGGCGUCGACCGAGUGGGUGAUGACGAGCGCCGCGAACCCGCACCUCCGGCUGCCGCGCACCAGGGACGUGGCCGUCGCAGGGGGCCACGUCGUCCGGGUGAAGUACUGCGACACGUGCCUCCUGUACCGGCCGCCGCGGGCGUCGCACUGCUCCAUCUGCAACAACUGCGUCCAGAAGUUCGACCACCACUGCCCCUGGGUCGGCCAGUGCAUCGGCCUGCGCAACUACCGCUUCUUCUUCCUCUUCAUCUCGACGUCCACGUUCCUGUGCCUCUACGUCUUCGUGCUGUCCUGGCUCAACAUCGCCGCGCAGAGGCCGCGACACGGCGGGUCGCUGCUGAGGUCCAUGACCGGCGAGCCGCUCUCCCUCGUGCUCAUCGUCUACACCUUCGUCGUCGCGUGGUUCGUCGGCGGCCUCACCGUCUUCCACAUCUACCUCAUGAGCACCAACCAGACGACGUACGAGAACUUCAGGUACCGGUACGACGAGAAGGAGAACCCGUACAACAGGGGCGUGCUGGCCAACGUGUCCGAGGUGUUCUGCACCGGGAUGCCGCCGUCGAUGAACAAUUUCCGGGCAUGGGUGGAGCUGCCGGCAUCGGCACCGCCGGAGGCGUUCGUCGAUGGCGGGCCGUUUACAUCCAGGAACAAGAUCGACCUGGAGAUGGGGUACAAGGGCGUAGUGCAAGUGCAACACCCUGCUGGUGUUCCAGCCAUCUUGCAGGGGCUGCAUUACGCGGAAAUGGAGAAGAACAGUGCCAGUUUCCACAUCAAGGACCGCCAAACUGCGGAGGCGCCGGACCCCUUCAUGAUCCCGGAGGAGCCGCCACACCCUGCAGCAGUAGGAGCUUCGUCUCCAACUGUGUUUGUACAUGACAACGGAGUCGAAUGA